GAGGGAGGAGAAACAGCCCCAGAGACCAGAGGGGGGGGGGGGAAGGGGAAGGAGAAGGGGAAUGGGACCUAGAGGCAGAGCAGUGGGUAAAGGGUGUGAAGGAAUGCCCAGCCGUGGGUGGGCACGAGGGCCUUGGCAGGAUGGCAUCCUCAUGCCCCACAUGGCUGGUGGUGGCUCUCAUUUCAGGGAGCAUGUUGCUGGCCGAUGGCUAUCUUAUGGGGCAGAGCCCAGGAGGUUGGUGGCUGGGCCUGGGCUUGCUGCUUUCUGCAGAGAUGAAGGUCUACUUCAUUUACCGGAGCUGCCGGGCUGAGGGUUACUGUCCUGGCCCACCUGCCCGCCAGGCCUUCACCCUGGUGCUAGCACUCACUGUGCCUGGACUCUUUGCCCUGCUGGGGUCUCCAAAGGCCCCUGAGAUUCUCUCAACCUUCCGUUGGCGUGAAGAACUCCGGAGCCACUUGCUCUGGGUGGUCGUGGACUUGCUGGAUGUUUUAGAUGUACAGGCAGGACUGUGGGAGCCACCUCAGAGGGCACUACCCUUCUGGGCAGAGGGGGUCACAUUCUUCUACUGCUAUGCCCUGCUGCUGCUGCUGCCAUGUGCAGCCCUAGGUGAGCUCAGCCUGCAAGGCCCUCAGCCCCUGCCUCAUCGCAUGGUACUCUACCCGCUCCUCAGCCUGCUCACAGUCAACCUGGCCACAAGCCUCAUCCGAGCCACUCAUCUCCUGCUCUUCCGUGACACCUACGUCUCCAGCAUCUUUCUAGGAAAGAACCUCCUGGCCUUGGCCCUUAAGCUCUGCAUGUUUCUGCAGUACCGCAAACAGUGGCUGUCGGGCCCCUCAUCACCCCAAAUUACUUCUACCAACCCUGGCCUUCUAGGCUCGGCUCAGGCUAUGAGGUCAAGUGACUUGCCCUGCUUGCACAGGAGGGGGGUUGGACUUGAACUGUCCUCCUAAGCUAUCACUUUCACCAGCACAACCUGCCUGAGUCCUUUUACCUUCAACUUGGAUUUGUACACUGAAACAGUGAGGCAGGACCUGGUUCACAGGCCUGUUGCUUUAAACCAAGUGUUCUUUUCCGUCUUUGUGAGUAUGCUGUCCAAAUGAAAACAAGCUGAUGCAGGCUGAGGGCUUCACGUGUCAGACUCAGCACAAUAAAGCUCCAAUUG